AUGUUUAUUAAUAUUAUUUUUAAAUUAUUUAUCGUUGUUUAAAGAAUAAAUUUAUCAUAAUUUUAAAAUAAUUUACAGAAUGUUAUAAAUUAUUAAUAAAAUUAAAUUUACUUUAUAUUGAAUAUUUGUUUAUUGUUAAAUAUUUUUUAGAAUUUCUUUUUGAUUUAUUUUUUCCAUCGACACUACUAAAAAGGAAAGCCCUCUAAAUACUUACCUUAUUUUGUAAUUUCGAUAUAUCAUUUAAUUCAUUGAUCCCACUAUAAUAGGAAAGUACCAUUGAAUACUAAUUGCAAGGGAAAACAUAAUUUAAUGACCAAUUAACAUCACUUUCCAAAUGACUUACAUAAUAUUAUUAAUAACUAUUUAUGGUAACUAAUUGUCGAAAGUAUGGUAUAUAAAUCCAUUUCAUUAAUUCAAAUAAAUAUUUUGGAUUCCAAAUGACUUACAUAAUAUUAUUAAUAACUAUUUAUGGUAACUAAUUGUCGAAAGUAUGGUAUAUAAAGUUAUUUUAUCAAUUCAAGUAAAUAUUUUGGUUUAUUAUUUUAUGUAGUCUAUAGAUAUAUUAGAAUAUAAAGUCAUUUUAUCAAAUCAAAUAAUUUAUUUUAAUUCAUCGAUCCCCUAUAAAAGGAAAGUAACAUUGAAUACUGAUUGAAAAGGAAAAAAUAAUUUAAUCCCUCUAUUAACAUUACUUGCGCAACAAUAUUAGUUAAUACAUGUAAUAAUUAGUUUCCUUAUUACAAAUGGAAAGAAUUCUCUUGAUUUUGUUGAUUGAUUUUUUAGAAUUUCUUUUUUGAUUUAUUUUAAUCAUCGACACUACUAAAAAUGAAAUCACUUUAAUACUUAACUUUUGUGUUUUCUCGAUUCAAAGAAUAUCUUUUUGCGAUCAUUUCUCUGUUUAAUUCAUUAAAUACUCACUAAAUAUUUUAGAUGUUAGAGAAACGAAAUUAAUUGACAAGAUAUUUUCUCUCCUAAAAUCAUGCAUUUAAAACUUAAUAUUUAUGGUGAGACUUGUCAACCAAAAUUCUGGUGCAAUCUAUUAACAAGAUAUUCCAAAAAUAAUAUUACCUUAUAAGUAUAAGAUUUAUUGAGAAUUUAUUAAAGAAUAUUCUACUUCUUAGCUUAUCAUGCAAGCUAAAUCAAUGAGAAACGUCUACCAAUUUACUAUAAAUAAGACAUUCACAGUAGAAGAAACGAAAUAAUUGAACUUUGUAUUCUGAACUUUUAAUGUUAAUAAUGUUCUGAACUUUUUUUUCUUCUUAUUUUAGAAUAUUAAGCUUUUAUAUUUCAUGAGAGCUGAUUUUUCUUUUGGUUUAUAUGCAGAUACCCUAUUAUGACGAUUUCUCCACUGAAGCUAUAUAUGAUUUGAUUGUACACCUCUUUGAUAUAUCAUUUCGAUAUCAUCUUUGUUCCUCAAUCUGGUAAAAAAAUUUUACUCAAUUUGAUAACAUCUCUCAGCUAAAUCAUUUCAAUAGCAUUUUUUUGUGCUGCGAAUAUUUUUCUUUUUUUGAUUUGUAGAUUUAUAUUAUUGUUUAGAAUUAUAAGCUUAUAUAUACACAUAUUUGUUUUUUGGUUUGCUGAUUGUGAUUUUGUUUUAUAUUUUUUCAGAGAUGAUUUGAGAGAAGUGGUCAUAUUUCAGACCUCUAAGAGUUCACCAUUCCGAUCCUGCAAAAGAUGUGCACUUAGAAUGGUAUUUUCUCUACUGUACAUCAAAAUUGGAUAAUCAAUUAUAUUUUUAAAAUAUCUAUAGUAGGAUGGUAUUUUCUCUACUGAAAUAAUAUCUUAUUUCCUAAUCUCAUGCUUUAAUAUUUAAACUUUAAGGACAAGAUUUGUUAAUUAAAUCAUUAGUGUAAACUACUCCCGAGAUAUUCUCUUUUUUAUAUUUAAAAUGUAAUUUUAGUAACAAUAUAUUCCAUAAAUAAUCCUAACUUAUAGGUAGAUACAUUUUUAAAAUUAAUUUGAGAACAUUCUAUUACAUAGUUUAUUGUGAAAGCUAAAUAUUUUAGUAAAGUCUAGCAUUUUACUUAUCUUUUGUGUUUUCUUGAUUCAAAUAACUUCUUUUUGAGAUCAUUUCUCUGUUUAAUUCAUUAAAUACUCACUAAAUAUUUUAGAUGUCAGAGAAACAAAAUUAAUUGACAAGAUAUUUUCUCUCCUAAAAUCAUGCAUUUAAAACUUAAUAUUUAUGGUGAGACUUGUCAACCAAAAUUCUGGUGCAAUCUAUUCACGAGAUGUUCUCAUUUAGCUUUAUUAACAAGAUAUUCCAAAAAUAAUAUUACCUUAUAAGUAUAAGAUUUAUUGAGAAUUUAUUAAAGAAUAUUCUACUUCUUAGCUUAUCAUGUUUUUAUCAAAAGAAAACGUCAGUAGAUCAAAUUAAUUUUUACAUGUUCUUUCAGGCUUGAGUUUAUCAGAAGAUCAAAUUAAGAGUUUAUCUUUGGCAGAGAUUGAAUCAAUCAUGCGUUUGAACGGAAGCUCAUUUACAUUGUUUAAGUUUUGAAACGUGUUAUCAAUAGUAUACUCUUCUAUUGGUUAAGAUGUGGCUUUUGUUAGAUUUUCUAUUAAUUAAUUUUUUUUGUUUUACUUUUGUGGAAUUCGCGAUAUUGUAAUGUUGUAAAUCAAUAAUAAAGACAUUUUUCUCACUAUUAAUAGGUGAGAGAGAGAGGGAGGGAGAGAGGGAGAGGGAGGGACGGAGAGAGAGAGGGAGGGGAGAGAGAGUGGGAGAGAGGGAGAGAGAGGAGAGAGGGAGAGAGAGGGAGAGAGAGGGAGAGAGAGAGAGAUUAGUGUUUACGGUAUAUCCAAAAGUUUUGAGUUUAUUGUUUAAGAUUUAUCCGGUAAAGCCAAAGGGUUAGAGUAUACUCAAGGGUUUAAGGUUUACCAAGAGUUUAGAGUUUAAAAAUUAAUGAAUGUAAUUUGUAUAUUUUACAAUAAAAAAUAAAAAUUAACAGCAAAGUAGAUUGCAUUAUAUUUUGAAUUAAAUAAUGUUAAAAAGAUUUAUAGUUUUCAACCACAAAUAAUGAAUCAUAACUAUGUGAUUAUUAUACAUAUAAUAUAUAUUAUGCAUAUACAUGUCAUUGUAUGUAAAAAUUAACUAACCAUGUAAAAUUAAACUAAUCAUAAUAUUAAUAUCCGCAUAUGCGAUAAAAUAUCCGCAUAUGCGAUAAAAUAUCCGCAUAUGCGAUACAAUAUCCGCAGUCACUCCAUAGAGAGCUGGAUAUUUAAUCGCCGAGUUAAUAGUAAUAGUUUUGAUAAGCUGACAGAGUCUGAUUCGAAAAUCACCGACUGCAAUUCGUAUCUUCUUUCUGCUCAACCCAUUUCUAACAUUAUUUAUUCCAUAUUUAUUACAUAUUUUGAACUUUUUAUUCCAUAUUUUGAAAUUUUUAUGUCCUUAAUUACAUUCUGAAAUGGUAAAAGAGGGUUUCAAUGGGAAUGUAGUGAUAAUAUAAAAUAUGUUACCUAUGAAACUAUACACUAUUUAUUCCAGAUUUUGAAAAUAAAAUAUCUUCUUAAACAUACAAAUUAUUUUGGAACGUUGCAAUUAUACGUACACACAAUAAAUACCUCUAGAUACUGAAGUUACUUUGUUCCAUCUCGUCCAUGUAAAAUAUUGAGUACCAACAUUUUUUUGUACCUGAUGCUUUCUCCCAAAGGCGGUAAUAUUAUGAUAUAAAAUUCGUUACUUAUAAAACUAUGUACUACUUAGUUAAUAAUUUGAAUAUGUUUAUGUCCGUACAGAGUGCGGACCGGCCACCUAGUCUACUUUAAACUCUUUUAUCAUUAGGCCAAGAUCACUUAGUUAGAAACUCAAAGUUAUAUGCCACGCACCCUAGUUUUAAAGGGCAACAAAAAAAAACUUUUAUAACAGAAGGACAACAAUUGCUUUCUCCAUAAAUUGUUUCGAUAUGAUAUCUUCAAUGUUUAGUCUAUAUAUAAUGCUUGUUUAUAUGAUUAUAUCUAUGCAAUAUCUCGUAUAUUAAUGAUAUUUAUUUGAUAUUUAUUCCAUUUCGAUUUCGAAUCAUUUUAAUUAAUUUCUGCUAUUAUAAAUAAUGUAAUUCAUGUUUAUGGAAUAAGAAAAAUCCAUGUGUAGCAUACCCAGAAAUAAUGCUAGUUCCUGUCCUUAAAUUAAAGAAAUGGCCCAUUGGGAGGUCAAACCACCAUCUCAUCUUUGUCAUUUCACACAAGUCAACCCUAGUAAUUUACUCUAAACCAACAUUUUAAAAAUUAAAAAUCACUAAUCAAGUAAUUAACCCAUCUUCCCUUUAUAUAUAUAUAUAAACUCAUCAUCACCACCUUCAACCUCCACACACAUCUCCAAAGAAACUCUCCAUCAGACACAAUGGAAGACGACGGUUAUUACCUCGAAACCGAUCUCGAUUUCAGCUUCACCUCCACCGCCACAGACCGGACCUUCACCUCCUCAAGCGCUCGCUCCAGUCUCGCUCGUUCAAGCCUCACCUUAAGCUUCAACGACAGACUCUCCACUGCUACAACACCUUCCACCACCACUUCCGCCGCCGCGACAACGCUCCACCACCGUCGCCAAGAUCCUCACUGGACAGCAAUCAGAGCCGCGACAACGCUCUCCUCCGAUGGACGUCUCCAUCUCCGCCACCUAAAACUCGUCCGCCUCCUCGGAACCGGAAACCUGGGCCGUGUAUUCCUCUGCCACCUCCGUGACUGCCCAACCCCCACGGCAUUCGCGCUUAAAGUCAUCGACCGUGAUACUCUCACGGCGAAGAAGCUUUCGCACGUGCAAACGGAGGCGGAGAUCCUCUCCAUGCUAGACCACCCGUUCUUGCCUACACUCUACGCACGUAUCGACGCUUCUCACUACACUUGUCUCCUCAUUGAUUACUGUCCCAACGGAGACUUACAUUCCUUGCUACGUAAGCAACCUGGUAACCGGUUACCGGUUUCAUCGGUUAGAUUCUUCGCCGCCGAAGUACUCGUCGCCUUAGAGUAUCUCCACGCUCUCGGUAUCGUGUACCGAGAUCUCAAACCGGAGAACAUCUUGAUCCGUGAAGACGGACACAUCAUGCUCUCAGAUUUCGAUCUCUGCUUCAAAGCCGACGUCGUUCCCACUUUCCGAUCUCGACGUUUCCGGAGAGUUUCGACUCCGCCGUCGUCUCCGAGAAGGUUGAGGAGGAGUCGACGCGGCGGUUGCUGCUUCUCCACGGAGGUAGAGUACGAGAGAGAGGAGAUAGUGGCUGAGUUCGCGGCGGAGCCAGUGACGGCGUUUUCUAAGUCGUGCGUUGGAACUCACGAGUAUCUAGCGCCGGAGCUCGUCGCCGGAAACGGACACGGAAGCGGCGUAGACUGGUGGGCGUUUGGGAUAUUUCUCCACGAGAUGUUACAUGGAACAACGCCGUUUAAAGGUGCGACCAAAGAACAAACCCUGCGCAAGAUAGCGUCGAGUGAUGACGUGGCGUUUCCGUUGGAGUUGGAGGAAGAGGGAAUAAGAGAAGCGAAGGAUUUGAUUCAGAAGCUGUUGGUGAAGGAUCCAAUGAAGAGACUAGGUUGCGCCAGGGGUGCGCAGGAUAUCAAAAGGCAUCCGUUUUUCGAAGGGAUCAAGUGGCCGUUGAUUAGAAACUAUAAGCCGCCGGAGAUUCGAGGUCUGGUGAAGAAGUCGACGAAGGCACAUGCUUGUCACGUGACUGCUGUGUCAUCGCCACGUAGGAGGAAGUGGUUGUGGUGGGCCUUAUCGAAUUUACUGCGAAGUAAAAGCUUGAAAGGGAGUAACAGUAAGAUCCAGAGCAACAAUAAUUACUAUCAUUAUGUGGGUAAAAGCUAUAACGCGAGUCGCAAACGCGUUUAAGGCGUUUCCCUUUUCAAAAAUCUCAUAGGUAGAAAAGCGUGGAUGGAGGAGCUAUACAAUGGAGAGCGCAAAUUAGCAAGCCUGAUCAUUUUGGAUUUACACAAUUGUAGCUUAUUGAUUAUGAAGUUCGUACAAAGAAGUUUUAGAAACCAAUUGGCUUUCUAUUUAUGUUUUGUAUUGACACAACUGUAGCUCAUUGUUUAUGAAACUCAUACAAGAAGUUUUAAAAACCAAUUGCCUUUCGAUUUAUGAUUUGUCCCUAAUGUUUGUCUUGCACAAUUUUAACCCAUAAGUAAAGCAAAAACUCAAAGGCUUUAUUAAUCCAUUAGCCCAUUAUGAACACUACACUACAUCUUCACAAUACAAAACAAUUUCUUAGAGCUUAUUUUAGAUUCAAAAGCACAAUAAUUUUUAUUUUUAUCAUUUUGUAACACAAAAUACUAUUUCACCUUCGUUAUUUUAGUUGUGCAGCUAUUAAAAGUUUUUUAAAAUUAUUAUUGAAUCCAAUAAAUUAAGAUAAUGCAGAUAAUUUGAGAAAACAAUUACAUAUGAAUAAAAUAUUAACUCCAUACUAUG